AUGCAUGUGAGAUGUAGUGCACAUAUCAUCAACCUCAUCGUGAAGGAUGGAAUGGCUGACGCAGAUGAGAGUGCAAUGCGGCUGUCAUCAUUUGAGCAGAAGGUAGAUGCUGGCAAACUGACUAGGGGAAGCUUGCCGUUGGAUGUGAGUACUAGGUGGAACUCCACCUAUCUGAUGGUAACCACAGCUAUGAAGUUCAGAGUUGCUUUUGACAAAAUGGAGCAAGAGGAUAAGCUCUACAACGAUUACUUCUUAGAGAUGGAUAAAGGUGUAAAGAGGGUAGGUCCUCCUCUGUUCAAUGAUUGGAAACCAAUUGAAAGGUUAGGCCGGUUCUUAGUCAUCUUCUACAACUCAACUCUUGUUGUUUCUGCCUCAACCUCUCUCAAUGCGUACAAGUGCUACGGGGAAAUUGUAACGAUAGCAGCUAAUCUGAUGGAUUUGAUGAAGAGCAGAGAUCAUCAUCUUAAGAAGAUGGAUCUUGCAACCAUGUGUUUUGAAGAGCUUUAUGGGCCGGACAGCUUGGAAGGCAAAGAAAUGUAUGAUUAUGUGAUCAGUGUGUUGCGCAGCAUGUUCAAGGAGUACAGAGACAGAUAUGGGAAGAGUCAAGAAGAUCAAUCUGAUCACUCUAAGAAGUCUAAGGGUAAAUCAUAUCAGUCUGCUCAACAGGAAGCAUCGGUUCAUAUGGAUUUGGUUGAAGAUGGUUUCGGUUAUAAGAGGAUUGACCGAAGGUAUAAGCAGAAGUUGAAUGCAGGAGUCUGA